GACCCUUCAGUCCGCAGGCCGACGCUCUGUCAACUGAGCCAAACCAGCUAGGGCAUGUAGUAGGAGUCUUAAGGGGCACAGAGAGGAGAAACCGAGGCAGUCCCUGUGGGCAACAGGAGGGGCCCGCAGGCCCCCAAAUCCACAAUGAUAGUGAUGUUCCAGGAAUAGGUGACAUGGCCAGCCAUGCCCCACCUGGGAGGGAGUGACUCAAAACUGCUCCAUUCAGCCCUCUUGCACUGCUGUCCCCACCAUGCUGCUCCCAUCCUAGAUUGAUGUGUGAGCACAAAUCAGACUGAACUUGGCGGCCAGCCAGACCCCGCUACAGGUGCACACGCCUGUCCCUGCACCCACCUGGCUAUUGUAGGCACUUGGUCUCCCAUGCCUCAGUCUCCCUGUCAACCCAAGGAUGUUGGCUUCAAAGGGCUUAAUUCACUGCACAGGUCAAGUUGCCCCCUCGCCCAGCCCACACCCCAGCCAUGCAGCCCCCUAACCCACCCACCCUGUGCCUCCAUUUCACAGACCCAGAUUGAGUCAUCCAAGGGCAGGGGGAAGCCGGGCUCAAUUGGGCAUCACCCCUCUCCAAGAGGCAACCGGGUCUGGGGCUGGCCAAGGAGUGUCAGAGACACUGCGUGCAUUCUGGGGAAGACAGGCCUAUGCAUCUGGGCCAUGUCUUACUGAGACUGAGGCCCAGGGCUAGAGCUGAUUCUGUGUCCCCUCCCCACCUAUUGUGCCCACCCUGUACUCAGUGAAUCCCCUGCACCCAAAAGGCCAUACAUGUUGUGUCCAACCCUGCAUUACUUGGGGCCCUGAUUUCCCCUGAGGUCCCACCCAGCCGCCCAGCCCUGGUGGCCAGGCCUCAGAUGGAGAAAUGUCUUCUUGGCCCAUGGAAAGCCUAGGGGUGGGCACUGAGGCCUUAGGGACCUCACUGGGAGCAGCAGGCAGGGACAAGUGGGCUCUGCCCCACUAGGUUGCCAGAUGGGCACCCAGGGCCUGGGUGUGCUACCCACCUCACCAGAGCCUCAGCUUCCAGUCUGGGAAGUACCCCCACCAUUUUGGGUGAGAUCCUUAAUUAGUUGCUUUGCUAUUAGCUCCUAAUGACUUGACAAUUGCCCAAUUGGAGCUAAUUAGCAGCUUGCCAGGUGGUUGCAGAGAGGGGGCAGUUGGCAAGGUUGGGGUGGCCAUGAAGGGCAGGACAGGGAGCCCUGGUCAGUGAGGGAUCACCCAGGGCUGGGAGGGCUGCCUAGAGGAGCAGACUUUGGCAGGGUGAUCUAGAUGGGGGCAAAGGUGUGGCUGGUGGGGGUGGGGAUGGGAGCAGGAGGUCUGAAAGCCUGGGGAACCCUCUACCUAGGAAAGAUCCCAACUCAGUCACUAACUCCUUGGUGAGAAUUUCUGCUCUAUCUGCUGCAACCACAGAGUAUUUUCGUUUCAAGCCAAGGCCCCAGUGGAGGAAAUGAAGGCUUUGUAUUGCAUGCACCAGGCACUGGGCCCCAGGCUCAAUUUUGGGGCUGGGCCUCUCUAACACCUAAACAGGGGUGAGGCGCCUGCCCUUGGCUUGCUACCCAACUUGGAACUGGGAAUUGUGUGUGUGUGUGUGUGUGUGUGUGUGUGUGUGUGAAUCCUUACCUGAGGAUAUCUUUUCCCAUUGAUUUUUAGAGAGCAUGGACGGGAGGGGGAGAAUUAGAGAGAAGCAUUGAUGUGAUUCAAAUCGAUUGGUUGCCUCCUAUACUUGCCCCACCCAUGCCCCAACUGGUGCCAGAGAAGGAGCCUGCAACUGAGGUAUGUGCCCUUGACCGGCAUCAAACCCACCAUCCUUUAGUCCAAGGACCAUAGCUCUAUAGAGCCAAACCAGCUAGGGCUGUCACUAUUUUAAAUCCAGGAAGGGGAAAAAUGGCCCAUUUAAGGGGGCUGGGGGUGGGGCUUCGCCUGGGACUCGCCUCUUUUCCCCAUGUGGGGGCCACUUUUUGCUCUCCAAGACUCUAACACCUUGAAUCCUUGGCCUUUGUUUGCUCAACAAAUAUGUAUUAAGCACCAAAUAUGUAUAAGGUCUGUAUGGGUCACCAGGAAGGAGCGGAAAAGGAGGCCAACCCUCAUUGUCCAGGAGGGCAGACAGUGGACUAUGUAGAGGUAAAACUAUGAUGAUAUCGUAAUGAGAUACAUGAUAAGGUUGGGGAGGCAGGGGAAAGCAUUCCAGGCAGAGAGAUGAGUGUGUGCAACAGCCUGGGGUGGGAACAGGAACAGCCAAGAGGCUGGUGUGGCUGGAAGGCAGGCAGAGGGUGAUAAGGGGGCGUGUGUCAGGGCCACACGGGCCUGGUGGCCCUGGGAGGGCAGUUUGAUUCUGAGCAGUGGAGAGAGUUUUGAGCCAUUGGAUCACAGAGUCCGACUGACAUUCAGAAAAGAGCCCUGGGUUUUGGGAGACAAGGAGACGGGCUGACCUGGUGGGGUACAGAUGUCUGGCUUCUGAGCCAGCAAAGAAAGCAGCCUUGGUCUCUAAUGCUUUUCAGAAGGUGAAGAGAGAAUGAUGGUAGCAUCUGGUGCAGUGGGAGGGAGGGGGUCAAACGUAACGGGGGACACAGGCAGAGGUGGAGGGGGAAGAAAGGGUCACGCUGUGGCCCCACUUUCCCAAGUCCAUUCUGGUCUCAAGAAAGCCCAGCAGAAAGCCAGGCUCUCUUUCAGGCUAUGUGUGCAUCCCCGGGCAUUGUGCCAGGGACAGGAAGGGGAACUGAGGCCCAGAGGUGUUGGGGGCCAGGAUGGCAGCCCUUCCAGCCUGGCACCCCCUCCUUACUCCUCUACAGGGCCCUGCAUAGGUACUAGCCAGUCCCCAAGUGGGUGCUUGGCUGCCUGCCGCUGCCAUCGAUUGGCUGAUCAAUGGGGCUUUCAGUGGGGCCAGGAAGGAGUGAAAAUGACUCUUCAAAAAGCCUGGAGCAGCUUCUGCAUCAAUCAAGCCCAAGGGGCUGAAGGACAGACAAGGCCUGGAUAGCCUUGGGGCAGCCUGCGGGAUGGGCAGAGUUCAAGGCUGACCCUGUCUCAGCCUGACCCUGGUCCCAACCUGAUCCCCCUUCCUGAGGCUAGCUGCCAGACACAUUUAUUCUACAAAAGCCUUCCCACCUCUCUGGAGGUGGAAUGAGUUCCCGAUCCCUGGACAAACCCAAUAGAAUGGGGAAGAGGCUGGGGAGAAUCUGCUCCUUCCUGUUCCCAGAACUGAAAUUCUGGGAGCCUGGAUCUUAGUGACAGACUUGAAAUCACUGCUGUAGUGAUGGAUGGGGAAGCUGAGGCACAAGUGAGCAGGGUCUUCUGCCUGCCUCAUUCCCACUUCUGGGGGGGUCCUGCCCCUACCAUCUGAUAAUUCUGUUGCCCCCUCAGGUGCCAGCUGUGCCAAUUAGUGCUCCUGGCAUGGGGGUCACAUAGAGCUCCCUCCCACGGGCUGGGGCUGUUAGCAGGGUGAGCACAGAGAGUGGCGGGCUGGAAUCCCAGCAGCUUGCACCCUCCCUGCUGCCCACCCUUUUUCCUUGCCUAUACAGGGAGGAAGAAGAUGGCUGCCUGGGGGAGCCUACACUCUAAGCACGGUGCUUAGGCUUUUAAUGUGCUAAUAAGCCCCUCUUGGGAGGCCCCCCUGUUGUCUCCUUCUGCAUUUACAUGACAGGGACCCUGGGGACCAUGUCUGGAAGAUCUAAGAGCUUCUGGUGCUGUAACCCAAGGUGGUGAUGGAAGGGGAGCUGCCCGUCUCUGGCUCAGCUGACCUCCAUCCUCCCAAGACAAGGCUGGGUCAAGAGGGCCUUCAGCGGUUCCACGCGGGUGCGGCGGACGACCGCGGGGGCUACACGGUGGAGGUGAGCAUCAACGACUACCUGGACAUCUACUGCCCGCACUACGGGGCGCCGCUGCCUCCGGCGGAGCGCAUGGAGCACUACGUGCUGUACAUGGUCAACGGCGAGGGCCACGCCUCCUGCGACCACCGGCAGCGCGGCUUCAAGCGCUGGGAGUGCAACCGGCCCGCAGCGCCCGGGGGGCCGCUCAAGUUCUCCGAGAAGUUCCAGCUCUUCACGCCCUUCUCGCUGGGCUUCGAGUUCCGCCCGGGCCACGAGUAUUACUACAUCUCUGCCACACCACCCAAUGCUGUUGACCGGCCCUGCCUUCGGCUAAAGGUUUAUGUGCGGCCAACCAACGAGACCCUGUAUGAGGCCCCUGAGCCCAUCUUCACCAGCAAUAAUUCGUGCAGCAGCCUGGGCAGCUGUCAGCUCUUCCUCAGCACUGUCCCGGUACUCUGGACCCUUCUGGGCUCCUAGUUCUGGCCCACACGAUGCCGGCCCCACCUGGACGACCGAAUCCAAGACCAAAUAGAGACGCCUGGCUCUCCCUCAACUGGUGCUGCCCCCACCUCCAGGGGGUUUCUGCCUGCUCCAGAACCAGCCCCAAUGACGGGGGACAGCCAACAGCCCCUGAUGGCUGAGGGGCAGGGUGUCAGUACAGCCCCUGGCCAGAACAUCUCCUCAGGGGCACUGGAGAACCUGAGAAACUAUCAGCGAUGUUGGUUUUUUUGUUUGUUUAUUUUUCAUGGUUGGAUCAGAAAGGCUUGAAUUUUUAAUUUAAUUUAUUCCUUGCUGUCGCCAGUGACUUUGAAAGGAAACACAUUAGUUUGUGGGGGUGGGGGUGGUGGUCCUUGGCCCCCUGGGGGAUGGGGAUGGGUAAACCCUAGUCUGGUUGCUCCAUUUGUUGGGUCCUGGCUGGAGACCACUGCAGACCCCCCGGAUGCCCCAGGACAGGCCAGUAUGAGGCAGAAGGGUAAGGGUGAGACCCCUGGAUUCUGGCCCAGGACUCUGAACCCACCUUAGAUUCUCGUCCCCUCAGCCCCACUCUCCUCAUGCCUGGUGACUGUCGCCCAGAGUGGAAACCCAUGCUGUUUCACCAGAGGCCCCCGGAGUUCCGGCCACUCCGAACCACAGCUCCCCACUGUGUCCCACAGCCUCUCACCAUCACCCCUGAGCCCAAGAAGACCUUACAUGUCUGUAAAUAGAGCCAGGAAGCAUAUACUGUGGUCUAUUUUUACUGUAUUCCUGAGGACGAACUGGACAGUUCCUUUUUUUCUCACAUCUUCAGGGGGAUCUUUUAUUUUGGUGGGAGGGUGGGCGGACUUUUUAGAGUAGAAGCCACACUUUGCAAUAAGCUUGUUCGUCUGUCAGAGCCCUCUUCCUCUACUCCGUGACUAAUAAUGUUUAUAAGAAAAAAGAAAACAGGACACUACAAGAUGGGGGGUGGACCUGCCAAAAAGAAACCCCCUCCCAAAGACACUUUAAUGAAGCAAACAGCACAUUUAUACAGAUUUCAUAUUUCUACCCACCUUUCCUGAUCUGUGUUUUAUAUAUAUUAUAUAUAAAUAUAUAUGGUGCACAGCUGCUGGGAGACCACCAGGCGUGCCAGCUGGGGGGGCCUUUUGUAAGGGUUGGCGUGGGUGGUGGUGUUGCCUCGCCUGGAGCUGGCGACAGGGCCUCCCCCCUCCCGUCACAAUCAACUUUGGAUUCUGUAUUUUUUAAUAAUAAAAUAAGCGUAAACCUCUA